AUGGCGGAGGAAACAAUUAUGUCUAUGAAUGAUCAGGCAAUUAAAAUUGAACCACCAGAAUAUUCACCAGAAGAGAUUAAACUCGAAAUGGAGGAUGAAUUUGAUGAUCCCGACGUUACUGUUAAAUCUGAUGAUGAUACUGGUGAGCGUCCCCAUCGAUGCAAUAUAUGCAAAAAGACAUUCACAGAAAGAGGUCAUAUGAAAAAACACAUGCUGAUUCAUAAACGAGAGCAUUCCUAUAAAUGUGAAGAAUGUAAUAAGGAAUUUACUCAAUCGAAGGAUUUGAAGAAACACAUGGCACUUCAUAGUCAGAAGCCUGGUGAAGAUCAAUGA